AGACGAUGUUUCCGCCAUGUUUGUCAUGUUUCGCAAACCAAGUGUCAAUUUGACCUUCAAUUUUGCAUUUUUUCUGGCGCUAGGAUGCCUGACAACAGUGUCAAGUCAAUGUAAAAUUAAUAAUGAUUGUAAAAAUGGAUAUUGCAGAUCGGGCAUGUGUAUUUGUAACAGAGGAUGGUGGGGAAGUCUAUGUGAGUUUUGUCGGCUGAGGUAAGUGCGUUGCGUUCAGUUGUGUAUUAUUGGCUUCAGAACUUGUGUUUAUUUUAGAAAUUCACAUACCUAAUAUUUCUGAGCUAAGUACUAAAAGCGAAAAGGUCAGAGCAUCGUACAUAUCAUUUUUAUUGUAUGUAAGUUACUUGUAUGUUACUUAAAUGUAAAUUAAACCAGCGGCGUUUCCGCGAAUCAUUGCUGCAGAUAUUUGGAUUAAAAUUAUGCACAAAUCAGCUACAUAUGAGCUUAACAGUUGGCUAUGUAGAAUCUACAGUUGUUUUAUAACAGGCUCGGUGCGGUUAAAAAACAGUUAUAACUAAAUGUGGUUAGAGCCUACGAACUAGAACUCAGAGGGUUGUAAGUUCGAUUCUCACUUUAAGCUCGGAUUUGUUUCUGAACUUUCUGUUUUAAGAAUUCUCCUUGUUCCAAAUUAUAUUUCGUAGUCAAGAAAUGGCAGUAAAGGAACAUAAGCUUGAUGUAAAUUAAUGUUUUGCUUACGUAAUUAACCUACAUUUACUAAAAUCUCAUCAACAGUAUUUUCGUAUAGGACACUGAUCAUGUAGGUUGCAUUUGAUUGGGAAAUCCUGAUUUAGAUUUUGAAAUCCGGAUUCCGGAUUUUGCAAUCGAACGUGAAAUCUGAAAACGGAUUUCACCUCUGAGAAAUCCAUCCUUGGGGUGGAUUUCAAUUAAGAAAUUCAAAUCUGCAUUUCAUGGAUUUCCUUUUUACCAUUCGAUUGGGAAAUCCGAAAAAGGAUUUGCAAAACUGUUCUCCUGAAGCACGGGGUUCUUUUUGUUAAUUAUGUGUGGGCGUUCAAGACCACUGUUCUUAAUCCUGUUUUGGAUUUCCCAAUUGAACGUUAAAAAUGAAAAUCCAAAAACAGAUAUCUCAGCAUGAUCUCAGCUUUGAAAUCGUUUUUCCGAUUUCGUGUUUGAUUGCAAAUCUGACAUCCGGAUUUGCAAAUCUAAAUCCAGAUUUCCUAAUCGAUCACACCCUUAUUUUCCAGUGUUUAAUUAAAAUGUAAUACUUUUUCUUGAAUUAUGACAUAAAGUCACCUUUGCGAAAACUGAAACAAUGUGAAUUUGUUGAUGCUUUUCAUGUUAGAUUAUCAGCAGACAGUGGGAUAAUAACUGAUGGAGAUGGAAUGUAUUCUGCUUCUUCAAAAUGUUCUUGGCUUAUAGAAUCUAAGAGGUAAGAAUAUCUGUCUCAGUAGACACUAGUUUUUUUAAUUGAAGGUAAAUCUGUUGUGACAUUAUGAUUUUAACUGGCUUAUUAUAGUAACCUUGUUGCUGAAGUGUUAUUGUUGGAGUAAUUAUGCAAACUAAUAAUAUAUCGAUUUAGCCAGGGUUAAAAGCGAAGCUCUUGAUGAUAAAACAAAAAUCAAAUUGUAUAAUGCUAAGCAGCGAAGGCGAUGCCAGAGAACGGUGAAAAAACAACAAUACAUGUUGGUGUAAUUAGCAAAAAAGCAACUGUGCACGUGCAGCACACUUUUUUGUACAUUUCUUUGCCAUUGUUUUGCGCAACUACAACAUGAAACUUCCAGAAACUUCUUAGUUACACGUUUUAUGGAGGAAAUGUCAUGCAUUCUCGUUCACUUUUUUUUCACUACCACUCAUUUUCACCUUGCAUUGGUGGCCACUAGCAUUUCUCAUUUUCUCACUGCUGCUUGUUCUUCCAACAAAAAAUGUCUCCUUUGUUGUUUAUCUCUUGCUCUAGGUCUCUGUCACUCUUUUUCUCAUUGAGCUUGCCUAAUGCCUAAUCUCUCUUUUUCUCUGUCUUUUUCUCUUGCUCUGUGUUACAAAUUAUUUUGUUAGAUUAAUCUAAGCUUAAUACUUUAGACAACAUGGAUACAGAAACAAUUUCGGUUUUCCAUUUUCGUCUUUAUUGACUCUUUAGUAGUCUCUGCUUUACAAGACGCGGCUGGCUAUGUGAUUACCUACCAAAAUGACUUCGGGUUGCAUUUGGGUUUCCAUACCUGUUGAUUGAGUUAUUUUGCAUUGGUAUCCCUGUGGUGCAGACAGACAGUCAGUCGGAUGUACAGACACUUGAUUACCAAAAUUUGUCGGAUGGGUAGAUUACCACAUUUUCUUAGGUAUGGUGCUCUGCUGCACACGCUUCGAGGGCAAGAGAUUCGCUAUGAUAACUAUGGUAUAAGUAUUGUACAUUUUUACAGGGUGUGUUUACUUAGAAAUGUCAUGUGCAUGUGAUUUUUGUGAAAUUUUGACUAUUAACUCUGGCUGUUGCUUGUCUCACAGUCCAAACAGCACUAUUCAUUUAGAUUUUGAAGAGUUUGCAACUGAAUGUAACUGGGAUCAUUUGUAUAUCUAUGAUGGCAAAUCGAUUAAAAGUCCUCUGAUUGGAGUAAUAAGGUAGGGACAGAUCCUAAGUCCUCGUGAAACAAGGUAAAUAGUUACUCAAAAUUCAUGUUUCAUGAGGAACAUUCCUGAAGGCUUAACAGUGCAGAAAUACUGUUGUUGAAGAAAACGUUUUACCCAAGAUCACAAAAUGGGACCAACAUUUGGUUUAAAUAACAGUCUUAAUGGUACUGUAAGUUUGUUUAACUUUCCAAUGUCAAAUUCUUGGAUGAAAUGUCAAAAUACAAUGUCUACCAGUGAUAAAUACUACAUGUAGUGGGGAGUACUAUGGUAUACUCCUAGUCCCAGGGCACAAAUGUAAUAGAGAAUUAAACUGUCACGGUAAAAAAAAAUUUCUGAAACCAAAUUUGACCUGCAACAUUUUAUACCGUUUAAACAGUGAUAUUAUUCAUCCCAAUAAUUGUCAGUGAAAGUAGUGGAUAUUUACCUUGCCAUUUCUUGGUUCUGUUAAGUAUCAGUCUCCACUUUAGUGAGCAUUAUUGUUGUGAUAUAUGAUCCUUUGUUUCCUCCUAGUGGACUUAUAAAAGACGAUAGUAAACCAAGAUAUAUUGAUGGUCAAGUUCUCAAGUUACAAGCCAACUCUGGUGCUGCUUUUCUGUACUUUUACAGUGAUAGACACUAUUUUGAGAAUGGGUUUAGAAUUAAAUACAGGUAAGUUUUUUUUGAUAGUGCAAAAAGUAGAUGUGCAGGUUAACAUGUAAAUGUAAAUUCUAUCCUGCAGGGUUACCCUUUAAGUUCUAAAAGUGACUUCUAUCUGUUUCCUCCUAACAAUAUCCAUGUUACAGGUCAAAAUUAGAUCCAGGUUGAAAAUUUUAAACCUUGGUCGGUGCUCACUUUCCUUUGUCUCCCUAGCCCUAAUGCAUGAAUAAUCAUGGCUAGGAGACAAUUGAGAUUCAACCUAGGUUAAAAAAUGUGAACUUGAAUAUAAUUUUGACCUGUAACAUCCACACAUCUUUAAGAGGUCGUGAGAAUUUUUUCACUGAUCACCAAAGGGAUUUUCUUUUUUAAUCAAUUAAUUCUGUCGACUAAUAAGUAGUUGUCUUGAGAACAGUCUGGAGAACUUCCAUGACCUCUUUGUGUGACAGAUUUUACAAAGUAAAAUAAAGUGAAUAAUAAUAAUAAUAAUAAUGAUAAUAAUGAUAAUAAUAACAAUAAUAAUAAAAUAAAUUUAAAUAUACAAUGUAAUAAUAAAGCACAUGUAAAAUUGUAGUCAGAUGUACUCCUCUAAGGAUUUGAGUUAAGGCUAAUGAGAAACAAACCCAGCUCGGAUUCUGUGUAGGAUAUGGACUUCUGUUGCAAGCCCAGCACUUAGAAUGCUUAGCCACUCAGCCUCUUCCAUUUUUUUUUUUGUUGGCAGUAAUUCUUUAUGUUUGUUUGCACCUUUUUUUGUAGUGUAUCCAGAGAUUGUUCUACAAAAUGCAGUUUCCAUGGCCAUUGUGAUAAAGAUCAGAAUUGCAUUUGUGAUAAAGGAUGGGCUGGUCCCACCUGUAACAUGCAGACCUGUAUUGAGGAGUGCAUUCACGGAUACUGUGACAAUACUACUGGGCUGUGUGUCUGUGACCCUGGAGUUUAUGGUAAGAUGCUGUGUUUAAGACCCAGUUCAAACUUUUCAUGUAAUGAUAUACAGUUCGACCGUUGAUUCUAAUGUCGGAUGUUAUUAGUCAGAUUCAAUUCAUUCCUGUGAUUUACAGUGAUCUGCAAUGUUGACCAGUCAAAUUAAAUUCAUAGUUGUACAUGUAAUCCAGUAUGUUAAUGCAUUAGAAGUUUGACAUUUAGAACAAAGUCGCUCUUGAGUCAAAAUUCCCAUAUGGGUACUCAAACUUAAGUAUGGGUCAACACAAACAUGUAAAUAACUAGACAUGACUGACUUUAUUGAUUCAAACGUCGAUCUUUUUGUGUAUACUUUAUUGAAGAGAUCAGUUUCAGCACAUGAAAAGUUCAAUAUUAAUUUGAACUGGGCCCUACAGUGUAUGUGCCAUUAUAAUGCAACUCCUUAAACUUCUGUUGUACCCUCUUAGUUACUGCAUAGUACAAAACUGUUCCUUACAUGUACAUUAGCCUUGCAUUCAUGCUGAGAACUGCUGUAGGGUCAUCAGAGAAUAUAAACAUCAUUGUCAUAGUUGCAUUUCUUUGGGAAGAUCAGAUCAGUGAUCCAAUUGAUCACUCAGUUCAUGCUGCAUAUAGAGGAAGCGAUGAAACCACUCUGGACAGGGAUUCCUUUGAUGCAGUGUACCAUGGCCUAGUUAUUUUGGAUCACAUAAUUUUAUUUGGAUCAUCCCAAAGAAACACACACUGUUACUAAUAUUUUUACACCAGAAAAUGAAAGAAAGAAAAAAAAAACUCACUGUGUAAUUUUAGUUUCCACUUCAGAUUUUUAAUUUUGUUUAAGAAAGUUGCCAACUGUUUUGCUGACAGGUUCCUCAUGUAAUAUUAGUGGUGACAGAGCUCUCUGGGUCCAGCAUUCUUCAAAAGGCCAAAGUAAGUACAAUAUACCAAAGACAUCAGCAGUUUCAGGAUAUGAUUCAAGGAAUAUAUUAUUUCAGUAGAUGUUCUUUAUAGCUGUUGUCAUCCGCUGAAUGUUGUUUUUGUCUUACCUCGCUUUGUUUUGGAGGCAGUAGUUUUAUUUUCACCUUUACAUAAUGAACGAUAUCUUCCCUCAUUUUCGUCUGCUCUGCAGUGCCAAACUAGACAGGUGGGCCACCACACUAGCCUGUGUAAAACCAACCCUCUCCCCUAAAAAAAAAAAAAAAGAAAAAGAAAAAUCCUUGAGAGAGGUGUCUUGUGUAAAUUUUUUGUUAAUAUAAAGCAAACACUGAGGUUUCCCCAGGUAAUUCUGAGAUUCAUUCACCAGUCACAAUACCAAAAGUUACUUAUGUGAUGGCAUUAACUUAACAGCCAAUCAAUCUGGGAAUCCACGUCAUGAUUAACGACACUGUGACGUGGAUGUCCCUUUUCCCUGGUUUAUUUUGUUUUAUUUUUUUUCUUCUUUUGUGGGGAGGGGGUGGCUUACAAACUACCACUGUACCCCUUGUCCUUUUUUGAAUAAUAGUCAAAGAAUAAUAUUGCUGUCUGAUUAAAGCCAAUGACAAAAAGGAAAAUAUUAAUGUUGUGUGAAUUACAGUUAAAGUUGUUGUUUUUAAAAUGUAUAAUAUUUACUGUUUUUUUUUCUGUUUAUUUGCGUCAGAUGUUAUACAGGGCCGAUCAUCUCAUGCCUCUGCAUUGCUAGGUGAAUACAUGUGGGUCUUUGGAGGCUAUUCGUUUAAUACUGCGCCAUUUGAUGACCUAAUCAGGUAGAUCACAUGCUGUGUUUUCUACAAUUGUAGUUGAUUUGUUUGUUUGUUUUUUGUUUUUUGUUUUUGUCAUUCACAAAGAAUCCGAGAAUAUGCAAAAUUCCAGACUCCAUCUUCGAAAGGCCAACAUUCCAAAGCUUGCUAGUUGAAUUUUGCCAAGGUUUGCAUUAAGUUUCAAACCACCAUUCUAAUACCCAACUGGAAGUACUUUACACUGACAUGAGUGUCAACAUGCUUUAAACACAUUCCUUUGUUCAUGUUUCCUUUAGGUAUCACAUUCCAAGUGAUAGUUGGGAGGUUGUAUUUACUUCUGUUAACUGCUCAGAAGCUCCGUCAAGGCGUUAUGCUCACACCAUGAUUGCUUACAAUGUAUGCACAACUCCCUUCUACAGUCAUGUAAAAUUAUAUAAUGUAGUAAUGAUGAUGAUGAUAUUGCCUUCAAAAUAGUUUUUGUGGAACUUGACGUUUAGACCCCAAUGUCCAAAAUAUUUCUCUAGUUUGAUGUACAUACUUUUCCUUAAAAAAAAAUAAGGAGUUUUGAGAAUUCAUCAGACAAAGAAGUUUUCCAUCGUUUAUUCAUUUUGGUUUAAAUAACUCUCAUACCUUUUUUUUUUCUCGAUCACAUAUUUAUAUUGUUCAGAGAAAAUUGAUGUUAGUCACUAUAGGAAUGGAAGGAAGAAAACACCAGAUUUGCAUAUCUUAUAGUUUGUCUUAAAGUUAAAAUCUGAUUCAUUAAGAUGACAGCAUUUUCAUAAUUUACCCCUCGUGGUGCAAAUUAUAUGUAAUUUGUAUCUAAUUUAAUUAUCUUCUGAAAUAAUGACAUUUUUUCGUCUUAAUACUUUUUGCAGACAUCUUUGUAUGUGUUUGGUGGUAGAAUCAAUCAACAGGCCACCAAUGAGCUCUGGUUAUUUGACACUCAAACAUUAUGUUGGAUGUUGCUACCGAGUCUAGGGGACUCACCCUUUGCUGUGGCUGGACAUACGGCAACUCUGGUCAAUUCUAAAAUGAUUGUUUUGUUUGGUUAUGGACCACUGCGUGGCUACACAGAUAAAGUGCAAGAAUAUAACUUGGGUAAAUCUAUUCUGUUAUUGGGUUCCUCACGAAAUUUUAAGAAGAUGGAGAAAAAAUUUUAAAUGGCAGCAAUAGAUUUGACCAAAAGGUACUCACAUGCAGGGAUAGGCAUGGGGAAUUGCCCUGCUUCCAAUUAAAUGAAUUUUUUCUAAUAAAAACUAAACUGUGCUUUUUUAAACGAAAGGAAUUGUAAAUAGUGUUUUGACGGAAUAGUUUUUUUAAUUGAAAGUAUGAUUUUAAUAGUUAGCAUUGUUAUCAAUAGAAUAUGUUCAUUAUUAGAAUUAAUUAAAUAAUAAUAAUAAUAAUAAUAAUAAUGACAAUAAUAAUAAUAAUAAUAAUAAUAAUAAGAGAAACUGGCAUGUCUGUGAAGUCUAGACAGUGAUUUUUGCUAGUUGCUCGGGCUUUUAAAGAACCCUGUUCUCUAUCUGUUCAUAUGAUUCAUACACUGUACAUUGGCUUCAGUUAUCAUUUUGCCUUUGCUUAUUGAUUUUUUUCAGAAUGUUAUCUACAGACUCAAAAGAAAAAAAAACAUUUUUUUUAAAGAAAAGAAGGGAAGAACAAAUAGUUGCAAUUCACAUAAAUUGCAAAUCAAAGAAUUUUUGGGGAGAUUGUUUACAACUCAGACUUCAGGUUCAAUUUCUUAUUGUGGUCUAGUAUCAUAAUAGUAUGUUGUGUCACCUUUUAAUGAAUUCAGUGCUGAUGAUACUGUCUUUCUAAUGUGUUUAGAUACAGGCAGAUGGAGUGUGCACCGUGUUCCCACAGACAUUAUCAGGCCAUUGUACGGACACAGCACUGCUUACCAUCCUAUACACAAUUUGCUCUAUGUACAUGGUGGAGUGUAUGAAUCAAGUGAACUUGCAAAGGAUUUAACAUCUUAUAAUCCUGUAACAAGAAAAUGGUAGGUACAUUGACAAGUAAUAUGGUAACUACUCAGUGGUUUCAAUAAGCACCCACCACCUACAAAACACAAUCAUCAGCCACUUUGCUCAGAGCAGUUGGCUACUUUUGUCCCUGAAAAAGGAGUGCUCAACUAGUUGUAAUAAUGUCAUAAACAAAAAAAUAUCAUCACAAAAUCUAAAUGAAAACGUAAGCUUAAUUUAUAAUGUGUUUUCAAGGACCACUGGUUUUACAUGUAUGUGACGUGCUUUACAGGGCUUCUGAUAUUUUGCGGAAAAAAAAGCAAAAUUUCGCGGGAAAAAAGUCAUAAUUCUCGGAAAAAUCGGCCAAUUUUGCGGGAUCUUCGCCAGAGAAAAGUCAAAAUUCGCAGAAAAAUCAGCCGAUUUUGCCAGAUUAGCGAAAAAAAGUCAAAUUUCGAAGGAUUUUCAGGGGCAAAUUCUUUGAAAAAUUGGCCAAUUUCACGGAAAAUUUCGGGGGGAAACUUCGCCAAGAAACAAUCAGUAAACAACAGCCGAGUUUGCUGGAUUUUUUUUGGCAAAUUUUCCGUCGAUAUGACCAGCAUUGUUUAACGUUUUGUGCUCUUUCAACAACAGUUCGCCUGAGAAAUGAGCGAAUGCUAAAGCUAUUAACAUUAUUGUUAGUGCCCAGUUUUUCGCAACGUUCAUCUAAAAACGCCUGGUAGUUUUGGGACGUUGUUUACUCGUUGCAGCAACGAAGUUUCAAGAAAAAUUUGGACUUUUGGGGUAAAAAAAACAGGUCUAAUAGCCAAGAUAAGUAUUAAAUAUGUUUUGCCGACAUGUAUUGGGAAAUAUUUCUGGCGGAUUUCACGUUAUUUCGCGUUUUUGGUGGAAUUUCGCAGGAUUUCGCGGAAAUACCUGAAUUUCGCGGGUCCGCGACCACGCGAAAUAUCAGAAGCCCUGGCUUUAGUUACACAAACGCUGUUUUUCAGUUAAUUUUUCUCACAUUUGUUUAUAGGUGUAAGCAGAAUUUUUUUUAUGUGCAAAUGUUCUUAAUUUGAAUAUUGACAUUGUUCACUGCUUGUAAGAAUUUAUUGGGUUGCUAUGAAACCUGAAUGAAAGCUGCAUGUACAGUAAACACCUGCAUAUAAAAACAAAAUGGAUUAAGAACACGAGGCUGAAAUUUGGCUAAUAAAGCCCCAUUUGAAUAAGAACAAGAUCAGCCUGAAAAUUGUAACAGUCAUGUUCUCAUAAAAUGGAAAAAGUGUCAUAAUAUUACAAAACAUGUAAGUUUAUGUUUGCUGUCAGAUAACUUCAUUUGUUGAUAUAAUCAAUUAGAGAAUUAUUAUUCAUUUUAUUUUCCUAAAUAUGCUAAAUACACCUUCUGGCAACAUGUUUUGGAUACUAUUUGUACUAAAUUUUAAGAACAUUUUGAGGCUGAUAUUUUGUCAUUAAGCACCCGAUCAAAUAAGAACUCAAUCAGCCUGACCUCCGAAAUUGUGUGUUUUUAUAUGCGGGUGUUUACUGUAUAUUUCAGGAAUGAAGAACACACUCUUCUGUUUCCAUAAUUAAUUUUUUAGUCCCCAGAAAAUUGGAAAUUGCAUUUUAGGGCUUUGAAAUUCCAAAAUAGUCUGUUGGAGCAUGCCCCCAGACCUCCCUAGAAGAGGGGGACUAACGGCUACGGUCAGUUACUCCAUUCAAACCUGCUGGUUACUUCAAUUUAUUGUUAUUGAAACCCACGACUACUUAGUUUAAUCCUUAACACUGGAAAUCAGCACAGGCCUGUGAUCUCAAGUCUUCUGUGUCCAAACACAACAAUGAUGCAGCUCAUUCCAAUAACUAAGCCUGUGUAGAAAUAAUUGGCCAUGAAAACGACCUGCUUUCACACAAUAUUACACGAGGGGUGGGGUAUGUAUGUCCCUAGUGUGAAUUUUAAACACGUUUGUUUCGCAUUUUGAAGAAUAGCCCGAGUCCCUGUUGGUAUUAAUAACCCAUCUUUAGUAUGUUGUUUGUUGCCAUUUCGUAGUCUUUUGUUGCUGUUUAAAGGCCAUGUUGUUUGUCAGAAUUUUACCCUAACAUGUCCUUGCUAAUAGGAGGUACAUGUAGCAGCUUAUAAGAGGUUACAGCUACAUGCUCAGUGAUUAUGUUACCUCUGCAUCCUGCAUCCUUGACGAAUAAAAAUCCCCAAAGACGCAGAAUAAUUGGUGGCAUGCGUAGGAUGUAAGGAUCAAUUGAUCGCUCUGAAGAGGUUUUUUUUUUGUAACAUCCUGUUUGUGUGAUCUCUGUGCCUGUUUUUGUGGCUGUUGUUAAACCAUGCCUAUUUCUUUUAAUCUUGGUUAAAAGUGCUUUACAGAAGGAGUAUAAUUAUUUCUAUUUCAGCAAACUAGUAGUAUGGAGUUUUGGAGUCUGUCUUCAGAUUAAUUGCAUGGUUACAAAAGACCAUGGGACUCAUUGUUUUUUGAACUGGACUCAGUGUCUCUGGACUGGGACUCAUGAUUUUUCACAGGAUGAGUCCCAGGACUCACCAUAACCAUUUUUGUAACAAAAUCACUGCAUUAUAGUACAUCGCUAGAAAAAAACUGGAGACAUGGCAGGUGGUCACACAAGCUGUUUUUAUGAAAACCGUGCAAGACUAAAGGUUUUGGAUAUAAGCGUGUUAUGUAAGUGAUGCCAAUGAUUGCCAGAUUGAUAUCUGUUUAACUUGUUGCUUUUCAGGAAAGCUCUCAAGGCCAGCAAUGUUCCCAGGUUUCAUCACUCAGCAGUGUUUUUGGGUGAUGUGAUGUUAGUGUUUGGUGGUAAUUCACAUAAUGGUACAUUGGGGGCUCAGUCCAACCAACCAUGCUUUGCUACAGAUUUUGUCGCUUAUGACAUAGGUACAUCUACUUUAAAUAAUAAUGAACAGAUUACACUGAUAGAAGGUCCUGUACAUUCCAUUCAUUCUUAGUGCAAGGUUGAAUGAACGAUGGUUACAUACAUGCGAAUAACAAUAACAACCUGAAGAUUAGGAUUGCGGGCUCUUUUUGUCGUCCGCAAUUAUUUCAUUAAUAAUUGAGGGCUCCAUGUGAUAAUGCCAUUUGAUAAUCUUGUAAUUCUGUUAAGUGCUAUAAAGUUACAGAAUUAUGCAAUCUGGUUUGUCCUUCAGUACAAAAGCAUUUACAAAACAUUUUUUCUUUGGUUUGUGUACCAUUUCCCUGAAAUUAUGUCCGUUUAUGCAAAACACCUCUCUUACAAUCAGCAACAACAGGCCCCCUUCCCCCAUGAGGAAUGAAUGAAUGAUUGACUUAAUGAAUAAGUAAAUAUAAAGAAUAAACAUCUCCCAUCUCCCUAGACUAGGGAAUGUUUUGGCUCAGAUCCUUUCUAUAAUAUUACACUAGUCAUUGUAGUAAUUGUUUUUUUUUUUUGUUUUUUUAAAAUAACAAUUGAAUUUGAGAUGGCUGGAACUCAUCCAAGUGCUGGUUAUAAUAUCAAAUUACCAGCCAAUUAAUUAUAAUGAGUUUUAAAAUACACAGUGGAACCUCCAAAUAACGAACCCCUAUGUAACGGCAUAACGAGCGACUUUGUUUAUAAAUAUAAAAUAUAUGAAAAAGUACCUCGAUAUAACAAACAAAUUUUGUCAGUCCCUUGGCACUUCGUUAUGUCAAGGUUCCACUGUAACAUUAUGACAUGAUGACAAAUUCCCCCCCGCCCCCCUUCCCCAGAUUCCUAGAUAGCAACUUUACGGGAUAAUUUAAUUCAAUUCAGUGUUUUAUUUUGACACGUCUUUUAUUGUUGCUGUUGUUGUGUUGGCAAUUUCUUUUUCUUUUAAUGUUUCUGUGAACCACACCCAUUUAUCAAAUUUGGUACUUACAGUCAGUAGUACAUGCAGACAGUGAUGAUUUAAACAAUUUUUUUUUCAAUUAGCUUGCGAUGAGUGGAAAAUAGUUCCAUAUUCAGGGAAUUUAAAAUCCUCUGGACGUUAUGGCCACUCUUCCAUGCUGGUGAAUAGGUAAAUUACUUAAAUCCUGCUUUCAAAUAUGUGGACAACAGUUAGCCUCCAUUGGCCACCCUCGGGGUUCAGGCUAGUGGCCACAUAAUGGAUAGAGGCUUGUGAUAUUAAUUUUUGAAACAAACACACGAUGGGAGCGGCAUUACUGGUCCACAGUUCUUCUAUCUUGAACUGUACUUUCCUUCAGCAUAUCUUUAAGAUAAAACCAGACUAAGUGUAUCAAGUGCAUGAUGGCCGUUUCAUAGAGGUGACAACAUUAGGAGAACCACGAUGGUGUACUAACUUAGAACAAACGCCACUGAAUCGUAGCCAAGAGUUACCAGAGCCGUACAAACGACUUAUUGACGAGAUCAAGCAAAUCUAAGUACGAGAGAACGACUGGAGAACUGACAAUUAAUUUGACUAACAAUAGACGACUGUUCAACUGUGACAAUAGACGGAUCGAAACGCACCAAUUACUGAUUACAAGUCUUCAUAGCCAAUAACACCGCGGCUUAACUGACAGACGACCAAUAACACCAAUAACAUUAUGUUUGCGAGUGUUAAAGGAAAGCAACAAAAGUAGGUUCGACAGCUUCAGUGUCAGGAACAGUGUAUUGAUCAUAUCCCAUAUUACCUUUCGGGAUUGUUGAGUGCACAUUUUUUCCGACAACCCUUCUUGAAUUAGCUGUAAACAAAUAUACCCUUUUUAAACAUCCUGGACUAUCCUAGCACGGCAAAGAGAAAAAGUUGUUUUCUGAGGUGUAUUUUUUUUUCUUUUCUCUUUCAUAGCUUUCAUGGUUGCUUCUUUUAUUUUCUAAACAGAUCAAUGUAUGUUUUUGGAGGAUUUCAAGGAGUUCUUCUCAAUGACGUGCUAUCUUUCACUCCUGGUGAGUCAGUAAUAAAUAGUAUUAAUAUAAAUAUUUACAAUGGUUAUGAAGUUAAAUUAACAAUUAAUGAAUGAGGUUGAGUUUCUUAUGAAGAAUUAUGGAGAUCGAGGAGGGUGUAAUCGGGGAAAUAUUUUGAAUUAAUAAUAAUGAAAUUUAAGGCAGUUAAUAACAAAGAGCGCCGUCUCUUGUUGCGGAUCAGCGGUCAGUUUGGUGGCUUAGGUGCAGGUCAGCCUUGCUUGCGUCAUUUUUCUCUGUGCUUGUUUCCUGACCAUUAACCUUUGGGAGAAGUACCGAAGAUACGCUUUACCUCAUGCCCUCCUGCAUCUUGAGCGCUUCUGCCGCUUGACUGUAAGGAUUGGAAACGACUGCUAUCCAUGCUAUUGUGACAGUUUUGUACAAAAGUGAUUGAUCAUCAUAAAAACAUUUAGUUUGUCCAUCUGACCUCCAUUCUGUAUAAUUUUAUAAGCGAGUUUCAAAAGUAAGGUGCUCUCGACGCUUAGUAGUAAAUUAUAAGAGUUUUGUUUUCUGUUUGUAGCAAGACACUACUUUACUGGUCAUGUAUUUUUUCAUAUGUUUAGCCAGCCAUUUUCGCACAUAAAGUACAAAGUGGUUCGUUAAAUUUCGAAUAAAAAAUAAUGCUCCUGUUAUCUCCGGUUUUUUUUUCUUCAAAACGUCUCUUGACAAUUACAAGGAACAAUAUUUGCAUCAUAAAACAUGAAAAAUUCUAGAAGUAACGUAAAAGUUACAAAAAAACUAGACGUUUAAAUGAUCAUUGUAUUCAACAGGUCCAUGCGGUUUGAUAAAAGACAAGUCCACUUGCCAGAUGAGUUUCAAUUCAUCUGAUUGUGUGUGGAGUGACUUCAGCUCAACAUGCCUAGGACCAGAACGAUGUAUAAGACCUCAAAUCACAGGUAGAAAGGGUAAUUUUCCAUUGGCUGAGUAUAACGAAAUUAGUGGAAAAUGUUUUCCUCCGACACCACUGGGGCCAGUGGAGGCCUUGGUAUUGGUCGUGUGACCAAAAAGCGAGCAGUUGCUCUUGUUGCAUCUGCCAUUACUGACCUUCCUACCCACCCACCCUAGGAUUUCAGUUUUGUAGGCUGUUUAAAUGUAAUGUGCAACUUUGUAAUUUUGUUAGUGUCCCCUCUUUCGAGGGUUAUGUUGUGUGUGCAUUUUUUAAUAAUUUUGAAUAAAGGUCAGGCUGUGGUGGUUGGCUUGGCCUUUGCUACCAGUGGUGUGUGAGAAGGAUUGUUACUGUCUAGUGAUAUUAACUCUGUGGAGUGUAUGAUAAUUAAACCCUUUCUUAUCCCUGAGCGUUUACUUACUGUAGUCCUACAUGAAGAACCAAGGCUUACUUGAAAGGACAAGCUUAUAGUUUUUGUUAACUCGAAACAGAAAUAUGGGAGCUUUAACAACAGGCAAUGGUGACGGUAGUGUGGCUAAAACUAGUGGGUUCUGAAGACUGUCAAGAUUAAUUUGAUAUGAAGAUUGUUGCGGUUCGUUCUGUUACCUUUCUUUGACUUGUUUAGUUUGGUAAAAAGUAGCAAUAGCCUAGAUAAACUUGGUGUCAUUACUAAAAAUGCUUUUCUUUUCUUUUUGUUUUUUUAUUAUUUAUUUAUUUAGUUUCUUUCUUUUCUUGUCUCUUUUUUUUUAUGGAUUUUGUUGUGAUUCAGCUGAGGACAAAUGUAGAGAACUCACGCAGAGUUGCAAGCGGUGUACGUCCGCUAUGCAAGGCUGUUCAUGGUGCGAUGGUAUUUGUGUGAAGGGAGAUUGCCCUGGUAGUAAGGUAAUAACCGUAAUUAAAAUUUUGGUAACUUCUGUGUUAAUCGAGUAACUAACUACACGCAGUACCGUAUUGAAUCGACAGUGUGUAGCUCUUGAAUAAGCGCCACCCCCCUCCCCCCCCCGCCUCCCUCUCCUUGCAUAUCGGCGGUUGAAAAUGGCAACACCCGUUUACGAAACGAAGAAUGGCAACGCCUGACGCGUCGAGUAAAUAGGGAGCUUUAGCAUCGACGACGGCGACGGCCGCGAAAGCGUCAAUUCGCGUUUUUUUCAAACUUUGUCGCGUUUAUUACUGUUUUUUGAAAAUGUCAAAGGUAGGUGAAUUCCCCUGUAGUUGAUUUCUUGGGGACCGGUGUCAAGUUAAGAAAGACAAAGAAAAGAUUGUUGUGGCUUGUUUACGUCCUCCAUAAAACGUGAAAUUACGGCGAGGAAAAUGCAAAAAAGUGUGUUGCACGUACAAAGUUGUUGCUUUGCUUAUUAGACGUAUUGCUUUGCUUGCCGUCGUCGUUUUUACACUCCAGAAAGAAGGGUUGAGCCAUUUCUUAUGUGGAUUCUGUCCAAAUAGAAGAAAAACAAUUAUUUUAAGUAACUUGUAAUAAUUUUACGUUUUGUAGGGAAGGAUCGAUUCUCCUGGUAAAUGUCCAAAGGGGAAAGUGAAAACCUGUCAAGGUACUUGAUAAUGAUUUUGUUGUUACUUCUAUUAAUUUAUUUUGACUUGGAAUGUAUAAAAUCAGAUUAUGUAAAAUCAGAUUAUAUAUGUGAACUGCGGAUAAAUAUAUGAAAGAUGAUGUGACCCUCGCAGUUGAAUAAACAACCAAUUCGGCUGAAAAAGCAACUAAAAAAAUAAAUAAGGCUUACCCGGGAAUCGGACCAUCACCUUUGUAUGCACUCUACACAUUUGCAGGGGUUUCAAUAAGCACCGAUGGCCGACGAAAUGCGUCGCCCACUUUGCUCAUAGAGGUCGGCUACUUUUUUUUUUUUUUCUAGAAAGAAGAAGCAACUAGUUUGAAUAACGUUGUAAACAAAAAAUAUAUCAAAAUCUGAAUGAAAAUGUAAUUACGAUGUGUUUUCAUAAAGGCCCACCGGUUUCACGUUAUGUUAGUCAUGUGAACGUUAUAUUUCAGUCAUUGUCUCACAAAUUUCUCUAUAGGGUUACGCGGAAUUUGUCUAGUUUUCAUCACUUGAUGAUAUCUUGUAGGAAUUGAUUGUGAGACUGAUAAAUUGAAAGUUACAUUUUCUUGAAUGAAAAACACGCCCUUUUGUCGUCAAAUUUACAGUAGUCCCCAGAACGCUGAAAAUCGCAUUUUAGGACUUUGAAAUGUCAUAAUUUUCUGGGGCAGAACGCGAAAAGGAUAUCAAAGUUCAUUAUUGAUAGUUAGUAUCUUCUCAGUCAUAUAUAUAAAUUUUGUUAUUUCUGGCUGCAAGAGGAAGUAAAACUUUUGAGGACGAUCGAGAAACUUAAUCCCUUGUUUUGGAGGAUAUUUACUUUUGGGUGGGUCGAUACAGCUGUUGAUCCGUCGUAUUGAUUUUCUGGACGUAAUGAGGACAGCCGACAGUAAUGCGCUGGACGACAUAGGUGAAUGGGCAAGGAAAAACGGACCCCCUCCCCCUCUCCACCCCACCCCGCAUGCCCAAAUUUCCAUGACAACCCACUUCCAGGGGAUGAGCUUUUUCUUAUUUCUGACUUAUUGACAGGAUUUAAAGAGCUUGACUUGGGUCAUACAGGUGUAUUUAGCCCGAGUAAUACACUACCCUGAUAAUGGAGUCACUUUCUCUUCGUAGGUAAAUGCAAGGAGCUUGACUGCUUCAACUUGAGCACAUGUGGUGACUGCGUAGCAAAAGUUAGUUGUAUGUGGUGUGAAUCGCAGAAGCAGUGCGUGGCUCCUAAUGCUUAUCCUGUUAGCUUUCCUUAUGGCCAGUGUCUUAGUUGGGUCCAAAGUCAGUGCUCAGGUUAGUUGUGUCAAUUGUGAUACAAGUCUGGUGUACUUGUAUCUAAAUUCCGACCCUGCUCGCCAUUAGAGUUUCAGUAGCUCAGUGGUAAGAGCGUCCGAACUAGAACUCGGAGGGUCAUGAGUUCGAUUCUCACCUGGAGCUCGGAAAGUUUUUCUGAGUUUUGUGGCAUUUGAAUUCUCCUUCUUCUUAAAUACAAGAAUAAAGAAUCGCUUGAAGAGGCUGAUUAUGAUGCAAAAAUAAUCAUGUAGAUCGAGAUCUGGAUACCGCUAGUGACCUUAUAAACGCCCACUUUUGAAAUAAACGCCUUCUCUACGCUGUUAACGUUUUAUUAGACGCCCCUCUCAAAUAAACGCCCCCAAUGAUAGUUACUCUAGAAUACUAGGAAUUAGCGUAAAGGAACAAAAAUAUUCAAUUCAUUCAGUUUCCUGCUUGAUUAACAAGGCUUUGCGUAUUUCACCUUGUUCAAUGUCAAGUUCUAAGCAAGGAUAGACUAACGAUUGCAACACAAUAACCCUGAGCGAGGAUUCUUACAUUGAUGUUGGGAUUUGAAAGAGCGAUAUAGAUCUCUAGAUAGCCUAGACGUAUCAAUUUAUGAAGUUGAUAUUCCGCUUUUUUUUUUCUUUUUUUUUUCACCUCUCUUGAUAAAAUUCGCCUAAAGCGUAUUGGUUUUGUUGAGCUUGUUACAGUUACGAGAAUAUACGCAUCUCUCUUUUAAACCCCUUCUAUGUAUAUAUUAAACGCCCCUGCUUGGAUAGCCCCCAGCGGCGAAGAGCUAGGAGAAACGGAUGUUUUCGCUGGCUACUGGGCGUUUAUUAGUCGUUUACAGUAACUCCUCUUGUGAUACAGCUGAAUAGCUGGGAUUUUUUCCCCAACAGCUUGCGCUAUCAUUCAGCUUACUUCGAGGUCACAUAACAAAGUAUUUCCCGCCAAAAGUCUCUGAGCCAGCAACAUCGCAAAAUAUAUGAUGUCAGUGGGUAGCUGUGCUCUGUUUAUCCGUGAAUGUUUUUUUUUUGUUGAAUAUCUCCCAAUCAAUUACUAUAAUAAUUUUCAUGUUAAGGUGUUCGAUGUUCUGAGUUGAAGACAUGUGAUGAUUGCCACACCCUACCUGGGUGUGGCUGGUGUGAUGAUGGUUCAGGAACUGGCUUGGGACAAUGUAUAGAUGGAGGAGAUAACGGUCCUUUUACCACAUCUCCAAAUGCUUCCGCUAGUCAAUGCCCAGCGGACCGCUGGUACUUCAUAGAAUGUCCAGGUAAAGAUGAAUCCUUGAUUAGCUUCUCUUGCAUUACCCUUAUCUCCUGUACGUAUGGCAUUUUUACGUUACAGGUAAUUCGAACUCCCGCUUAAAUGUCCACGGAGUUCUUGUGGAAUAUUACUUUGUUGGUCUGACUGUCUGGGCACAGUUAUUCGAAAAAGGUGGAUGUCGCUAUCCACUGGAUAAAUUUCUAUCCAGUGGAUUAUGCAAUUGUUUUCACUAAUACUAAAUAGAUGAUCUACAUUGCGACUGCCUUUUUAGAUACUUACGGCCUGUUUUCAUGAAGGUGGGGGACCCGAAAUAGGUGAGGUAACAUGUGGUGGGUCACCACACCUGUCAUGUAAACGUGAUCAAAUUAAAAUGAGAGAUUAUAUCGACAGGCGGGUUACCCCACCUAACUGAGUUACCUGACCUACCUGGAGUCCCCCACCUCCAUGAAAACAGGCCCUUAGACGUUGCCUUAAACCAAAUUUUGAGGCGUUACUAGAAUUUUCCAACUCAUCGACAAGUUGUGGGUCGGUUCUGUUAUUUGUUAGCUCUGCAGUCUUCUGAAGAACAGGCUUGUUGCUGCCGCAGUGAGCGAGCCUGAAGCGAGCGAACGAGGCAGCUCUCUAAUCGGCAAAAGAUUACAUUAUAGGGGCAUUCAAUCACGUUUUCUUACCAAACGCAAGGAAUUGUGGUUAUGCGCGACUCAAAGAUUUGGGAUGCGCAAUGGACUCGCAAGGAAGUUUGGUUAAGUGCAAAUGGAAGAUUUGGGAUGCGCAGUAGACUCGUAAGGAAUUGUGGCUAUGCUCGAAUGGGAGAUUUAGAAUGCGCAGUGGAUUACCACGUGCUUUCUUCUUACACUGUUUUUCGACUGCAAUUUGAAUAAUUUGCAAUCUCGUUAAAGUAAAGAAACAACAGGUCUAAUUAGAAAACAAAAAAUCUUUGCACGUGCUGCAUACUUUUGCAGUUGGCCGACACUUGUCGACCGAGAAUCAAAAGCAUUCGUGAUAAAUUUAUCCUAGUCGAUGCCAAGGCAGAAUGAAAGAAAAGUUCGAAACCUCUAUAUAUUUAGGUUGGUUUUCGGAAAACAGAACACGCUAAGACCAGCAAAAUAGCGUAGCAUAUGGACGAAGAAAUAGCAUCACUGCAUGGAGCAAGCAGCCGUUUAAUAUCUUUCAAGGCUAUUUUCACAAAAUGCAAUAUUUUAUAAGUCCGAUAUUUUGACUAUAGUGAUUAGGGUUAAGCACUGAAAAUACUAACUGAAGCACUAACCAAACUGAUUAGGGUUAAGCCCUGAGAAUGGUGAUAAGGGUUAGCAGUUGGCUUUUAUUUUGGGUUGGGGUUUACGCUAUAAUAUUUGAAUAAAAUCGCCAUCUUGUAGAGAAACCACGGUGGUCUAGUGGUUAGAGUAGUGGUAUGCAGACCCUAUGCUCCGGGAUCGAAUCCGCUCAUAUUCGAGUGAAUAUUUUUUCCUUUGAAAUUGAACAGACUAACACUUUGACAACAUUUGUCGAUCAUAAAUUAAGUCUGUCACAGUCUAUUCUUAAUCGACGUAUGAUAGUUUGGUCUGGCUGGGAUUCUUCGACUUGAAAAAAAUUAUUGAAAAAAAUAUCGGACUGCCGGUCAUUUAGUGUUUUGAAAAUCUUGACCGGUUACCGGCCAUAUAGCCGCAGCCUUUACUAUUUUCAAGCAAAUUUUUCUUCUGUUGUAAGAGGGAAUCACACAAGCAGCAUUAGAGCUACGAGCCCGAAAUUUAUGUGUCAUGUAUUUAUCAAAAAUUGAACAUAACUGCCCUCCAAAAUUGUUUAAAUUGGUGUUUGAUUCGUGACAUGGUUGGCCAAGUUAAUGUGUUUUCAUGGUCGUUUCUCAAACCUUUCUUGUAGCGCAGAUCACAGUCGAACAAAUUUACUUAGACUUGGCAUGCAGAUGAAAUAAACAGUCUUAAACUCAGAAAUUUAAGUUUUGUGGAAAACGCUCGAUUUUUGUGCGAACAGAAAGACUGAACACCAUAGUUAGAAAAUUUGCUCAUAUCGCCAAAUCAAAGCUUCAAAAUAAGUUUCAGUCAUUCAGUCACGGUUGCAAGCGAGAAUGAUUGAUAUACACAUCAAAAAUCGAGAAUUAUCAGGCCACUUCUGACGCGACUCGAGCACGUUAGAAAAAUACUAAAACUGGCUCAUAAUUAAGUUAUUCACCUUAUACGCGAUACUCAAAAGGAAGAUAAUUUCUAAGUUUAGGUCAUCACUGACAAAGAUUUUGGAUUAAGCCCUCUUAGCCUCACAUCACCUUCUACUAAAAACUUUACACUUAAUUUUCCAUUUCUUCACUAUUCCUUGCCUACGGCAGCAUUUCUACCCUUUAGGUAUACUAGUAGCUAAGAAAUAGUUUCUGCAAGGACCUAUCAAACAACACGAAAAAGACGGCAGAAACAGCCCUACAUUCAUCCAAACUUAGCAAUGUAAAAACAGAUAAAAAUAUCUGCUGUUAUGGUGCAACUUAUCUUAAUAAGACUUACUAACAUUUCAUCCAGUCCGAAGUUGUCAGAUUUAGAUAGACUGCAGAAUUCGUAAGAUUUCACUGAUACUGCAAAUUUUCCGUCCCAAAAAUUAUAUCAUCCCAGACCUAACUAAAACAUCGACAACAAAAGCGUGUCGUAUUUAGCUGGCACACUCAAGAUUUUAGUUUCAUAAAGAACCUGAGGUUGCAUGUAAGGGAAGUUUUAAGCCGUGGAACAAACAAGGAAAGCCUGAAAGUAAUGGUCGAAAAAUGCAGAAGUGAAGAUAAGGGAAAAUUUAAAGGUGGUUCAGCGGUCGCAAAUGCUGUAGAGAGGCGUGAGGGGGGGGGGAGGCUUAAUAGAGAAUUUGCCGUAUCCAUUCUAUUCAGUCUCCUUUCUUAAGUGGGCAAUUUGCAGCUGCACAAUAAUUUUUGACGAACAAUUGGAGUGGGUUUAUUGAACAGGUGUUUCCCUUUGGAGGGUAAACUUAAGUCAUACUUCAGAUCGGAAGUGCACAACUGCAACACUAGGAAUAGGGGCCGCCUACAUAUACCACUCUGUAGGACGGCUGCAGGUCAGGGUGCGUUUACCUUCAGAGGCGAAAGGCUGUGGAAUAGUCUCCAAGACGAGUUUCAGUCUAUCACUAAUUUAGAUGUAUUUAAAGUGGUUAAAAUAAAACUGCAUAUUUUAAGGGUAUUUUUGGAAAACUAAAAGUUUUAGAUAUUUGACAUUGUAAAUUAAGCUGAAAAGCCUUUUUGAGGAGAUUAAUAAAGUUAUUAUUAUUAUAUUUAAGUCGUUUUGUGCCACUACUUGUAGAUUGCCAGUGUAAUGGACACAGCAGAUGCAUUAACAGAAACAUCUGUGAAAAGUGUAAGAAUAAUACUUCUGGUAAGUAAUGUUCCAUUUCUUUGAAAACAGCACUGAUUUAAUUGUGUGGGUGGGAAUUUAGAGUUUUUUUAAAAGCCAGUCAUAUAUUUCAAAUUCUCAGCCUUUCCACAGGGCUUUGAGGAGUUAUUUGUAAUGGCAAGUGAUGCGAAAAUUUUACAGCUGAUCGCACGAGUGGCUCUGUUUACUGUAGAAUCGACUGAGAACUUGACCUAUCAAACCGUCAUGCGAUCGUGUUACAAACCUGGUAAAAUAAUAUCUAAUGCUCGGUGGGAACGAACGUUGCCCAAAGGGCUUCAGCGGUUUUCCGGAGCACUGAAUAAUUAUUUUACCAGGCUUUUAUACAUAUAUCCCUGUUGUUUAAAAUCAGCAUAAGGAGUUUAUUAUUUGAUCUCUAAUUCUCUUUUCUGUUGCGCACUUUUCUAGGGCAUCGUUGUGAGGUUUGUGCAGUCGGUCACUAUGGCGACGCCAAGAACGGAGGGACAUGUAAAGGUACAAAUAUAGUAUGAGGACAUGUCCGACAGCAUCUUUUUUAUUAUGGUUUUAUUGCAUUGGCAGUCAAAAACGUUAUGUUGAGGUAAUGCCUUUCCCAAUUGCUGUAUCUUGGGAAGCAAGGGUGGCGCAGUGGUGAGAGCCCUCGCUUCCCACCAGUGUGGCCCGGGUUCGAAUCCUGGCGUCGACGCUAUAUGUUGGUUGAGUUUGUUAAUGGUUCUCUCCCUUUCGCUGAGAGAUUUUUCUCCGGGUACUUCGGUUUUCCCCUCUCCUCAAAAACCUACAUUUCCAAAUUCCAAUUCCACCAGGAAUCAGGUAGACGAAGAACCUUUUUGUGGGUGUGCUACCUCCAAAUCAUUAUUUAUUUAUUAUUUAUUAUUCCUCUAGUACAUUAUAAUGACAUUCAGUGUUAGAGUCUUUGCGUCAGUCAGUUUGUCUAUGUGCGGCCCGGCUGUGUGGCUUGUUUACGAAUCCAUCGCAUUCUUCCAAUUUAGGUAGAGGAAUAACCCCAAAACUGGAACUUUUGUCAAUUGUUCGCAAUUUUUAUGUACUGAGCUUGUGUAGCUAGCGAGAUUUAUCGGAUUUAUCCCGCGCGACUGCUUCAUUUCACAAGUGCUUUUGUUUCGUUGACGGUGUAACGCCGUGAGAAAAAAAAAAAAGGGAAGCACAGGUUAUCUACUCUGAUUCUGCCAGCUAUGAAGGAUUCCUUUAAUUUUCGCAAUAUCUUUCUGCAUUGAAUACAGAUUAUUUUGAUUCACUGAAGACAUGCUCACGUUCCUGAAGUGGUAGCUUGCAAAGAGUAUAUUCUAAGUUACCGAUUUUAUUUCCAAAUUCAUGUUAGUACUUUUUUUCAGAAGACAUUGAAACCUUAAUAAAGUAGACCCCACAACGGGCAAGCAAGUUUCCCCACCCUCCUCCCCUUCAGUGGUGCUGGCAAAUUUCCCCUAUCAGCUCAACCAAGGUACACCUUUAGCCAAUUUUUCUCCCAUAACUUAUACAUCACUAGGUAUAGGGUGGCUUUUAUACGAAUGUCACUUGUGAUACUAACCUGUUUUUGUUUUCAUUAGCUUGUGAAUGUAACGGUCACGCAGAUACCUGUGAUCAUGAAACUGGCAAGUGUGAAUGUCUAGCUCACUGGGUGACGGGCGACCACUGUGAAAGGUAAUAUGUCAUACUUUAGUUUUUGUUAUCAAUAUUUAUCCCGCAAACACAUUUUGACGUCAUUUGGAUACAAUCGGUGACUUGACUACAAGUUCACGUACCGAUGUGAGAUUAAGCCAUCUUAAGCAAAACUGCGAAUUCUCGCACUGCAUGUGUGCGUGCAACGCCUAAAACAGUACCAUAAGCAGCAUUACCGUAUUUUUUUUUUUAAUUUAGCCUACUUUGUACCUCCAGCUGAUAGCUUUGAAAAUGCUGGUGAAAUCCAAGAUGGAUUUUUGGAUUUGCCAACCACCCCUCUCAUAUCUGAAAGUUGACCCCCACUUACUUAGGAGAAAAUGUUAGAUUAGGGGAGGGGUAGGUAGGCAGUUUAUUUCGACUCACCUUCCACGGCAUAUUUAAAUUUUAAGGGCCUGUUCACGUGGAGGUGGGGACCCCGGGUAGGUUAGGUAACCCGCUAAGUUGGGUAAAAAAUAAACAGCGUUAACAUGCAAUCUUACAACCGAGCCAUCCCGGGGUGCUUUUUUGGAAUGGUCGCUAAGCACGGAAACAUGAAAAAAAUGGCAGGCAAACAACUUGUUAUGGCGGUUAAUGCUCUUCUACUCUCACUUGCUGGUGUUGCCACAACCUUUCAGUGCUGUGGCUUUCUGUUGUCACUUAUAAUGAUGCAAUGCCCAAGGCAGUUGGCGCGAAUUGAUGCAAUACUAAUCCGACCCCCAGCUAGGCGCUGUACAGUAAAAUUCUGUACACUUGGGCAAAAGAAUGAUAAGACGUCAUUCAGGAUUCUUUUUGAAGACAUAUUUCUUAUCGCUCUAACUGCAAUAUAAUGCUGUGCAGAUAAUAUAUGAGGAAUUCGCUGGAUACCAGUAGUUAGUAAAAUCCAACUGGUGGUUAUUAUCAAUGCUCCGUUCUGACUGGUUGAGCUACUACUAGGCUAUAUGUUAUAGCCCACUAGCGCCGGCUUUGAAAACCAAAACAAUGGCGGCUGAAUCGCGUUUUUCAAGCUAAAGUUGUUUUGUCUCGAUGUUUUUGACCAACUAGUUGGAUUUUGUUAAAACAAUUAUUCCUCUCCCCCUCGUGGCCUCUGAGUCAAUAGAACAUUCGGCCUUCGGCCUUAUGGGCUAUUGACUCUGAGCCCAUUCGGGCUCGAGGAAUAAUUAGGUAAACAUUUUCAGUAACUCCUUUCUCUUUUUGACGAUAACAUUAGUAUAUUUGGCUCGAGUGAAAUCCAGCUAGUGGUCUAUUUUCAAUGCUGCGUUCUGAUUGGUUCAGCCUCUACUAGGCUAUAUGUUCUAACCCACUAGUAGCGGGAAGCGCCGGCUUUGAAAACGAAACAGCGAUGGCGUCUGGUGGUUGAAUUUUUACCAAAACAAUUAUUCCUCUCGUCCGGCUAUUGACUCAGAGCCCAUUCGGGCUCGAGGAAUAAUCGUUAAAUACUCUUAGCUACAAUGUAUUUUUUCCCUUCAGAUAAGUAAGGACCUAGUUAAGAACCCAAAUAGAAUAAAUUUGUGCUAAUUACCAUUUAGGUAAAAAAAAAAAAGAAAAAACCUUUUGGGGGUGAAUUGGGAACAUGCAGAUACUUACUCACGGGUUUUUGCUGUACUACACCUUGGAACGUUUGCAUUGCAAAAUUUGAGAGGGUUACCCGGCCUCGCGUUUACAUGAUACAAUGUUAUAGUAUCAUGUAAACGUGAUCAAAUUAAAAUGAGUGGUUAUAUGGACAGACGGAUUACCCCACCUGAGCGGGUUACCCAGCUCAGUCCUAUCCCCACCUCCAUGUAAACAUGCCCUUAGGUGUCUUUUAAGUGUGCCUUUUUUCAGUUAUUUGAUUAUCUAUUUGCUUUCUUUCCGUACAGCUGUUCAGAUGAAACUGAUAUAGUUGGUAAUGCUACGAACGGCGGACACUGUUACAGUAAGUUUGAGAAUUUGUUGAAGAAGUGUGCAUGUGUCAAUGACCUUAAACAUUCCCUUUUAAUAACAUUUUAAACUUGUUUAUUUACAGACAGACUAAAGAGUGGUUUCCAGUUCACUUUCAAUGUUUCGAAAAACAAAACAAGCAUCGCCUUUAUAAACAUUCCAGCACGGGUAAGCUUGUCCUCCUUUGAAUGGUUUCUCAUUUCGCUAUUAGAGAAACUGAAGGUGUCUGGUCAUCCCCGGUACUUGCGAUUAAUCAGGCCGGGAAUUGAACAGGUUAAACUAACCUCGGGUUAGGCCUAACCGGAGGUUAAAUUUCUUAACCGUAGGUUUGUUAACCUGGGGUCAAACUUUCGUUGUUGGAGGUGCGGUUAGAGGAUCGGUUAGUUAACCUCGGGUUUUACCGCGACUAACUCGCUGUUAGCAUUCCAUAAUACUUUUAGUUUGUUUACGUCCUGAAAUGGCGACGGUGGAGGAAAAUACGCAAGCCAGAAAACAUGACUUGUGCGCCUCAUAAAUUGCGAUUUUAACCGAGAAGUGAAAGAAAAUUUGCACAUUUCGCAAAGUAAGUUGACAUGUAAGUGUGACAAACUGAAGGGAAAAAUUGGGCCCCAAUAACAGCGACACAACGCUGUAGGCAUGGAGGAGAGUCAGAAGUCGGAGGAAAGUAUAGAGAAAACUUCAAAACAAACAAACAGAACUGUCUCUGCGUCUUCUCUGUUGUUGUAAGUCAGAAAACAACAAGUCAGCCAUUUUGUUUUAGAUAUACUUUUAUACUUCUGAGGUUAGUUAUUUAACCUAUUCAAUUCGAGGUUUUCGCUAUCCGAUGUUUGGACAACACAACAAAUCUGCGGUUAAAAUAUGACCAAGGGUUAAGCCAAUUUAACCCGACGUUAGGAUUUAACCCGCUUUAGAACAACCAAGCUGUGGUUUGUUUCCUUUUUCCUUUGUUUCCUGUAAAAGUAAUCCAGAGUCACGCUCAUAGUAGGCGGGUAGGGGGUUGGGGUGGGGGUGGGAAAUCCCCGGCCACAAGCUCUUAGUGACAGCCCUGUUACAGGAAAAAAAAAAGAAAGAAAGAAAAAAAAAGGAAAGAGAAAAUCAAUUGGUGCAAAUUGGUGACGAGAUAUAAGCACCGUGAUGCUCAGAAGACUCUAUAUACAUCUUUCUAUAUAUUUAGGCCAUUGUUAUUAAAGUGGAAUGGUUAUGAAACCCGUUAGACUUCUUUGUUAUAUGUUUGUGUUAGCUUUUUCGGACCUGACUCUGCACAACUUUCAAUAGCAUUCCUAUCAUUUUGAGCUUACUGACCAAUAGAAACGUCGCAUUAAUUUAUUAUUCAGUCACAAUUUUUGAUAAAAAAAAAAACAAACGAUUGUGCAAGGUCAGGAAGCUUCCAACUACAGCACCGUUGUUUUCAGCUUUGGUGUUUGCGGGCUUUGAUAACCUGUGUCCUCUACUAACUAUGGUUAGGCCUGGAUGAUAAAGGUUACGAUCAGCCAAUUUUGGAGGGAUUUAUAUCAACGGACUGAUUUUUAACAAGGGGACAUUUUCCAUCUUGUUCUUUCUGGAUAUGUCAACUAAUCCCAUAAUUUCACAAAUUCGAAUUUGUGUGACGUCACACUUGUCUCCUCUUUUGGCCCAAAAUGUGUCGUUUCAAUUUAAAAUUUUUGUUGAAUUUUGCCGUUGCAAUCCAGGCAAAAAGGGCUAAUAAACUGAAAUACAAAAGAAAAGUAAUAUUGCCACUAUUUUGAAACAAGGUGUUUUUUAGGCUUGUCUGUCUCUAGUUUCAUGGCCCCAGUUGUUCAAAAGCUGGAUAGCGCUAUCCAUUGGAUAAAUUGCUAUCCACUAGAUAACGAAAUUGGUUUCCCUAAUACAGCCAAACCGCCCUUAACGGACACCUCAUUAUUAAGGACAGUUAGCUUUGUCCCUCGGGAAUUAAGGCCCUUAAAUUUUCUCUAAAUUCAACCUGCGUGCGUUCAGAGGUUGUCCAUGCCCCAGGAGCAACCGUUUAUUACUGGUUAGAGUUGCUUCAAGGUAAACGGCUGUGACUUUUAAUCUAUUAACAGGACGACGAGGAUGUAGAAGUUGAAGUUAAAAUUACGACUGAGGGUACUUCGGCCCUUCUCAAUCUCUCCGUUAGCUCAGGUACUGGACUUAAGCAAUUGCAACUGUGUCAUUUAUCAGGUGCUAGAGCUGAGACGAAAAUAGAAUCAAGCUUUAAUUAUAGUAAAUGCAAAUGUAUCGCUAACUGAGAUGUUCAAACGAAAACUGGCAUGAAAACACCAUACAUGGAUAGCAGUAUACCGAUAAAACUCGUUUGUUUUUGUUUGUUUGUUUUUUCUGUUGUUGGUGGUGUUGUUUUUAAUUAUUCAUUAAUUCAUUUAUUUUUUUGUUUGUUUGUUGUUCUGUUGCUGCUGUUUGUAUUUAAUUUAUUCAUGUAUUGGUUUUUAUAUUUAAUUAAUUAAUUAAUUUAUCUAUUUAUGUUGUUGUUGUUGUUGUUUUUGUUGUUGCUUUGUCAGCCCUAACUGCGAAAUUGGCACUUAUUACUGGAAGAAUGAAUAUUCCAAGCUCCAUUACAGGAAAUUUAUUUCUGAGAGUAAGAUCAUCACAGGAAUAAACCGCAUUCUAAGUAUUCAUCUUACCGAACCUUUAGGGUUUGUGGUAACAGUUCUUGUGAAGAUUUUGAGAAAAGCGACCUCACAACUGUCCAUGAAUUAAGAAGCUAAUAUAUUUCGUUUCAGAACUCUUUCGCGAAGAAGCACUCUUUAGCUAUGAAAGAAUUGGCCACUUUCAUGAGACCUUCUCUCACGGUGUCUUCAGAUUUGGUGGUGAUGACCGAUUGGCCUUUAGAGUUAUUGUCUUUAAUAUCAAAGAGUUUACUACGCUACAGGUAAGCAAUAAAGUGACAGUGUCAAUUGUCAAUUAUUAUGGGCAAACUCUCUUGGAGUUGAAUUUUAAAGAACAGUAUCCUUGUUAAGAAAGAUAAUUGCUUGUUUACCACAAUGAGGGACAAAAGUGUUGACACACUUCUGUAAAAUGCCCCUUUUUUUCAUAGUGGACAUACCUAUCCCCUUCCCCUCUGUCCCCCUACCCCCUUCCCCCAAAAUCAAUGUUGUAUUUUAUAUCAUCAAGUCUUUCUUCAACUGAAAACAACAUUGAUCUAGGGGUGGGGGGAUUUAAGGCAUUUAAACACAGUCGUAUGUAACAGGUAGGAAAUUGUUACUGAAAGCGUGCGUUUUAGACAAGUGUGUCAACUACUUUUGUCCCUGAUUGUCCGAAAAAGGAUUCUAUGUUUUACGGCUUGCGGUUGUACUCAAAUUAUUUUUGGCGGGAUGAAUUGACUGUACGGGAUGAAUUUUUAGUUUUGGAACAACAAUUUAUUACAUUUCGUGCUUUUUGGUUGUUUAUCUGCAAUAAAAUGUACGCAUUGUACGUCAUUCAGUCAUUCUCAUAUUACCGAGCGCGUCCUUUAUACGCUGUAGGAGAUCAGUUGUGUUGUAAACAGUGCCGUUGCUGGGGACGCUAUCUUUUCAUAAGUAUUCUGAGAAGUCAGGUACAACGAUGGAGGAAGUAGGUAACGAUGAGUGUGAUCAUGUCAGUUCAGAAGUAGAGACAAGCCAAGCUGUGUAUGAGUUCAACACGUGUGAAAUGAACGCACGCAAUGUACGUCAAAUUUACCUGAUAACCUAUAGCAUGGUUGAUACGGAGCGCUUUCCAACAAGGUCUUCGUUUGCGGAGGCUGUUGUACAGUCCUUCGCGGACACGCCUGCGAAAGUUUUACAGUGGUGUUGCUGUCUGGAACAGCACGUACAAUCGGGUGUACAUUUCCACAUGGCAAUGAAGCUGGACAAGAACCAGCGGUGGCUUCCCAGCAAACGAUACCUGUUAGAGAGGUGUGGUAUUUCUGUACAUUUCUCCGACACGCACGAAAACUAUUUCAGCGCAUGGAAAUAUGUUACGAAAGAAGACCGAGAUUAUAUUCAGAGUGACGGACAUCCUGACCUUACAAGUGCAACUGCUCCAAGAACCACCAAGGCCUCUUCUACCAAAAGGACCACAGCCAUGGAAAAGAGAGAGAAAGGUGCGUUGUCAACGGACAACUGUGAAGCGCUUAGUGAUGCCCAAACAAACACAAGGAAAAAAACGACGGGGAAAAAAAGAGCGAACAAGAAGAUAGUAAAAAGUAAGAAGAAACGUAUGACCUCAUAUGAGUUAUCGGAAAUCAUUCUAGCUAAAAACAUUAAGUCAAGAACUGAACUACUAGCCCUUGCAAGAGAGCAAAAAGUAGAGGGGAAAACGGACAUCGCAGAGUUUAUUGUAAAUAGAGGUGCGAAAGUUGUAGCAGACGUGCUGGCUACUACCUGGGAGCUGGAAAAUUCUAAAGAUAACCUAGAAAGGCAGAGGAAAAGCAGAAUCCAGCUAUUAAAGGAAGCAAGAGAGGGAGAAUGCGUACAAAAUUGUUCUGGACAAUGGUUAAUUUCAGCGAAAGAAGUACUCCAGGGUAACGGAGUGGACAUAAACUAUUUUGGACAUUGUGUGCAUGAAUUAUUAGAGAAAGGACGAGGAAAAUACAGGAAUCUUAUGAUCGUAGGCCCAGCCAACUGCGCAAAAACAUUUCUGCUCAACCCUCUUAAUGUCAUUUCUAACACCUUUUCAAACCCAGCGUCCACAAGUUUUGCAUGGGUUGGCGCGGAACAGGCUGAAUGUAUUUUUUUGAAUGAUUUCAGAUGGUCCCCGGCUGUUAUCCAGUGGCAUGAUUUCCUAUUAAUGUUGGAGGGACAGUUAGUUCAUUUACCAGCCCCUAAAUCCCAUUAUGCAAAAGAUAUUGUCUUUGAGAAAGACACGCCAAUUUUCGCCACCGGAAAAAACCCCAUUAUUUUCGUGAAGAAUUGCACUAUUGAUGAGAAGGAGACAGAGAUGAUGGCCGUGCGCUGGAGAAUUUUUCGCUUCCAUGCGCAAAUUCCGCAAGAAAAGCAAAAGCAGAUUUCCCCAUGUGGAAAGUGCUUCGCACAGCUUAUUCUUGGCGAGAAAGAUUGUACGGAUGUCGUGUAAAUAAGGAGUUUGCACGGUUAACCACGAUAGAACACAUCGACAUUUAAGACUUGUAUACAUUAUAUUGCUUACUGAUUGCUAACAUGUGGUUAACCGUUCCAUCACCAAGAAAGCAGUGAUUUUUUUCAGUUUGAGUUAUUGUUUUCGUUGUAACUCAGAGAACUGUUCGUGUUGGAAAAGAUUAGUUUCAUUUUUGUUCAUGAAUUUUCCCAGGAAAAAAGAUUUUCGUGCGAAAACAAACACUCUAGGGAUAUGGUAUGCGCCGAUGUCACGCUGUUUGCGUUGCGUUAUCAUGUCACACUGUGUAUUGCCUGUUCUAAUUGACAGUUAUUUUAUUUCUCUAUCGUUCUAGUGUACGACUUUAAUACCUUGUACGCUGUCCUUUGUUUUCAAUCAAUAAUUCUAUUCUGUGAUUCUUACUUUCAAUUGUCCUGUCAAUUAAAGCUGUAUCUAGACUAUGAAAAGUGGUAGCUACGCGCUCAGAAAACUCCUGAAAUGUCUCGUGUGUUAUGUUCCUGUAUAAUGCGUCCUUCUCCAAAGCCAUCUUUGCAAUGUGAAAAAUAUUUUCUAUGAAAUGAAUAUCACCACUUCUUGGAGGAAGGGGCACUAGCUUGGCUCCCAAUCGCCUCCAAGCGGUGCGAGCUAACGCCGAGUUUUGACUAGGAUCAUUGUCUUGCAUAAAAAGUUUUGGUCUCGCCUUAUUGCAGACUCUGAACAUACGCGGAAAUUCUCGUUCGAUCAGACUUUUAAAGUAUUGUCCGUUCAAGGUUUCAUACUGUUCACAUAGAACUACCCCUUUACCAUAGCUAAGGGCAAUCAUAAAUCUCGCUACUCUUCCACCAGUCCCGCAAUGGGAACCUUUGGCUGUGCAGCCAAAGGCUAGGCCCUCUUGUUGUUUUCUCCAUAUACGCCCACUUGGUGCCCGCGCUUGGUCAGCGGGGUUGUACUUAUGAACAAAACUCACACCAUCUAAGUAGAAAGAGAUGUUCUCUGUCCAGAAGUUCGUAGAAUGAUCUCUUUUCAUCUUUCGUGCAAAUUUUAAACGCUUAACCAGGUCUGUUUCGGUUAAGAGGCCCUUUUGACGUGCGUGUAAAUACUGGUAACCUUCUCUAUGGAGGAAUCGUUGGACGGUCUUAGUUGACACGCGAGCUAUGUCUACCCCUGCUUUUUGCAUUAAACGCUUUAUCGUGAAUUUUCCAUCGGAUUUACGCAGUUUUGGAAUGCUGCGCAGCAACAGUCGCUCCUCUCUAUGGCUCAAUUUCCGUGGCCGCCCAGUGACUUUCUUUCUCACAACUCGAUCUUGACACUGACCAUUCAGUGUUUGCGCUCGUACAAUGCGGUAAAGUGAAGAACGUGAAAUUUUCACUUCAUCUAAAAUUUUUUUGGUAGACAUACUCUUGAAUCUGACCAAAAAACGUACAUAUGCGCGUGUUUCUGGGUCGAUUUUUCCCUUGAAAACCAUAUCGCCGUCAAUUCUGACAAUCGGUGCCCUUUUGUUACGUAAUCCCGUAAUUAGUAUUAGGCCCAUAAUUCGGACGUAAUUAAGUCAAUUUCACUCCAACCAACAAUAACAUGAAUAUCGCUCUGAUUGCUUUAAUUUCACUCAGUUUCAUUGUCACACAAUGCUCAACGUGUCUACAGUAACACAAUUUUUCCUUCAGACAAUGAGGGACAAAAGUGUUGACACACUUCUGUAAAAUGCCCCUUUUUUUCAUAGUGGACAUACCUAUCCCCUUCCCCUCUGUCCCCCUACCCCCUUCCCCCAAAAUCAAUGUUGUAUUUUAUAUCAUCAAGUCUUUCUUCAACUGAAAACAACAUUGAUUUAGGGGUGGGGGGAUUUAAGGCAUUUAAACACAGUCGUAUGUAACAGGUAGGAAAUUGUUACUGAAAGCGUGCGUUUUUGACAAGUGUGUCAACUACUUUUGUCCCUGAUUGCAGCCUCCAUAAACCGUGAAAUUAGGUAUUUUCAUGUUGUAGUCGUGCAAUGACGGCAGAGAAAUGUACAGGAAAAGUGUGAUGCAUGUUCAACGUUGUUGUUUUGCGUACUAAACCUGUUGCUUUUUUUUUUUUACGCUUUCGUUGCCGUUGCCUUCUUUGGAUCUUAAGGUCCCUGAUCUUUUCUUUAGGGCCUUGACCGGGCCAGCACAGUCUUCUAUCCUCAGAUAUAGUUCAGCUCGUUUAAGACCGUACUAAAAAUAUAAAUCUCACGAUUUUCAUUGCUGCAAUUCUGAAAGUUCUUUUCCUAUAAACGUACUGAGUCUUUAGACACCAUUUCUCACAACAGGGCGAAACGUUUCUUUAAACUAGAACGCUUGCGUAGCUGGAAGAGUUUCGUCUUGGCUAACGGACUCAAAGUAUCACAUGGAAAAUCCCCCAUACCUUGCUCGUGCGUUGCAUGGCAGUGUACUUCUCAUUUUACGGCAGUGUUCAUAAUAGGCCCUUUGCAGCUAGUAAUUGACGUGGUACAAAACCGCCAUGCUGGAGAGAAAGUUAUCCAUUGGGACAAGACAAACAAAAAGCUUACAUCAUUUAAAAAUGGUAAUUAAUUUUUUUCUUGUAAAUUGUCUUCUCCCAGUCCGUCUGUUGCUCUUUAGCAUGACGGUUGUGUACCAUGUGAAUGGCUAUAUGCGAAGGGUCUAUUGCACUGCAAGGUACGACACUGAACAGAGCUACUCUGCACACAGGCAGGACACGGCUUAUUAGGCCUUUUAAUGGUAUGAGUUAUUCUUUUAAUUUUAUUUCACAGAUUUCGUUUACUCAGAAGCAGAAAUUUCUUAUCCUUAGCUUUUUUAUCACGUUUUUUGCGUAAGUAUUGCAGCUGUAAUUUUUGAGGCUUUUCUGCAAUUUUGUCAAUAGUUUCUCUCCUGCGUUUUUUAUUUUAUUUUAUUUUAUUUAUUUAUUUUUCAAUUAAUUGAUUAAUUGAUUUUUUGAUUUUUUUUAAUUUCUGUGGGUGACUAAACAAAUCACGCCAUUUGAAAUUUAAAAUCAAACUUCUCGCGAGUUCAGGGCUUUCAGGGAAUUGUUCAAGAAGAAGUCCCUUGCCAAAGUCGUUAAAAGCAAGAAAUUAACUGACCUAUACAAGCACUUUUGUAAUUAACAAAGUAUGCUUUAGUCUAUCUAUCUUGGCACAAAAAAAAAAGAAAAAGAGAAGAAAGCAAGAAACUUAGGGAAAAUAACAAGUUAAAAGGGGAAUAUUUAAAGCCUGCAAAAGACUUGAAAGAUUACGUGAAUUGCGAGGUUUUUGGCAAUUCGCUGUAAUAACUGGUCACCGUUUUGUUCACCGGCGCAUAGUGCCAGAUACUUUGUCGGUAUUUGCUGCGAGUGUUGUUUGGUUCAGUGGUCUCCCGGAGUGCCAGUCUGUCUUUGUUACUGGUUGUAUCGUAAUUUUUUUCGUUUUUGUAGGUGUUUCUUCUCACUGUUGUUCGUAGUGGGUUUGGCAUGGAAGAUCAAGGUCCGAUAUUCAACCUACAUGAUGGCAAGAGUAAGUCUAAGUAGUCAACUCAAUGUAUCCGUAGCAUUAGUUUUUUAAUAGGCGAGUAUCAAGUUCCAGCUUAGAUGAAGUAGAUCCUUUACCAUGCGAAACAGUUAGACUUACCACAAGUCGAUUGCAUAAGCAGAAAUCGAAACGGUCUUUGAGAAAGUCUAGAAACGGUAGACACCCAAAAUAGGCUGUUAGAAGUCCUUCGUUAGAGCGUUAUGUCCAUACAUGUAUAAGAAAUUUCAGCUCGGCAGCUCAUCCGAGGUGUAAUUCUUUUUCGUGAAAAUAGAACCGACUGACUCAUGAUUUCCAAGUCUCGCCAAAACUCAACUCAGCUGACUGGAAAAAGACGGCUUCCAGGUUUAAGCCUAAAAUAAUCCUAAUUUUAAUUUAAGGAGCUGUGUCGAAAUUUUCUUAGUAUUAUUUUAAAAGCCUGAAAACACAUCGGGGUUAAGGUAGCCUGAGAAAACAGCCGACAUUCUGCGACGCCACCACUGGUUUCCCCGCAAAAUGACGUCUGAGUAACGACUUCAAAAAUUCCAUGCUGAUGACCCAGACCUGGUUAGUGCUCCUGAUUGGUCAAGUCGCGAGAGAAAGUUACUUCGACCAAUCAGGACCACUACCCAGAUCUGGGUAGUGAACGUUAUCAGUAAGAAAUUUCUGCGGUCUUUGCUCAGACGUCAUUUCUCAGGAAUACCGGUGGUGUCGUCGUGAAAUGUGGGCUGUUUUCUCAGGCUAUAAAUAAGACUUGUGAAUAAUGGUUUAUUCAGAAUAACACUCUACUACUAUACCUCAACGAUGACUAUAUCUGUUUGGCCUUCGGUGGCCAGAAUGGAAACGGAUUGCAACUUGUAAAAAUUGAGUCAACUUUUUAGAGUUCCAAGAAUAGAAAAAGGCGACUGAGUACACUUACAGCUUUAGUGAUAGUUUCAGCUCAGCUUUGAUCAAACAUAGGUGGAACUUACCCUGACACAGAUCUUUUAAACUUUAGUUAAAAUCUCUGAGAACACAAACAGUAUUUUCAACGAAGGCAAUGUAAAAGUUAAAUUGAUGUGUGGGGGGAUGGUUAGUCCACGAGAAGAUUGACAUGAAACCCAAGUUGUGACGUAACCACAUUUAAUUCUGGCAUUGCAUUGUUUAAAGCAGUUUCUGUUGUUUCAAGUCAGCAGUACCUUAAUUUUUUGCAAAAGUGCGAUACAAAUUCAAAAUACGACAGAAUACUGGAUAGCUACUCCACGGUAAGCAAUCAAGCCCUAAGCUUUCCAACCAACUUUUCGGUUUUUUGAGAACUCCUUUUUGCAUUCACUGUGCAUUUAAAUACAGGUAUAAUGGAUUGGCUUUAUUGAAAACGAUUCUCGUAUCUAACAUACAGCUUUAUUUCAAUUACACAAUACAGGAAAGUGAUGUUUACGAUUCUAUUUUUUUUUCUGAAACCGUAGCAAUUCUGUCCAUAGAUCUGAUUUUUCGAGAUAUAAAGUAAUCAACCAUUUCUUUGCAGCAUCGUGUUGAAGAGAUGAAGGUGAUGGCUAGCCGACCGUUCGCCAAAGUUAGUUUAGCUGUCACAGAUCCCGUACAAGAGAGAUUAAGCAAGGUUGGUUAUGUAAUGUAAAACUGUUAACCCUUUAAUCCCCGAUAUACACUUACAAAUUCUCCAAACUGAUCACCAUACAUUUCCUUCAAGAAUUAGUUGAGAGAAUUUGGUUAAAGAUCAAAGCCUUUUCCCUGAGGUGAUCAUUCUUUUAACUCUCCUAACCUUUUCUUUUGAUAAUGUAUUGACGUUGUGAGGAGAAAAUUGAUGUUGGUCACUCGUGCGGCUUGUUGUGUUGCCGUUGGUGAGUGAUUAAGCUCUAAGCCGACGUUGCACUUGGUGGUUCACAGAAAUUCACUUAUCCGACGACGUUGUGGAUUCCGGGAAGCUUUGAGGUCUUUGGGAAAAAAAUCAUGAAAUUAGAUAAUUAAAGGAAAUGAGUUAUCUAAAAAAAUAGAUAAAUAAAAAGUAAUAAAUAAAUAAAUAAUGUGCUUUAGCAGGUGUAAGACCGCGGCUUUAUGGCAAUGUGUGUCUUUUUAAGAGAAACAGUUUCGUGACGCUCAAUUUUACCCUUCAGCAACAGGGGGAAAUCAACGUGAUGGACUUUUGAGAAGGAAAUUUCGUAUAACUGAUCAAAAUAGAUUUGAGAAACGUAUUGAUGCAGCCAGAUGAGACACUGUUGUAAAAUAAAGUAAUAUGUUAAACUAAUCGUAAAAUAGUUAGCCUGAGCAAAGCAGCCAACAUUUUGGACUCCACCUCCACCACUGGUCCCCUUCCCCCUCUCUCCCCCCAAAAAAAAAAAAAAAAAUGGUGUCUGAGGAACGACAACAGAAAUUUCAUAUUGACGACUCAUCUCUACCCAGAUCUGGAUAGCGUAUCUGAUUGGCUGAAGCGAAUUUUCACUCAUCAGAAGCACUUCCCACAUCUAGGUAACAUAUGCGUAAUGAUGCGGCAUCAGCAUGGAAUUUUUGCGCUCGUUCCUCAGACGUCACAAAAUUUCGGCUGUUUUCUCAGGCUACAAAAUAGUAAACUACAUGUAUGCAGUAUUAGAGAACUGAAAGUACUAGUCAUGUCUGGUACCAAACGGCGAGUACUACUCGUGAAGCAAAUCAUUUAAGUUCUCUCCUGUUUUGUUCCAGCAACCAUCUCAUGCCAUCGCUGUUCAACCAAUGGAGAGCCAUAGGGCGGCUGUGGGUGUGUUUAUGAUGAGACUUCCUGGAGGAAGGGACGGCUACACCCCCAUUGGUCAGACGGGUAUCUGUUGUGCAACCACGCUAAGCACAUACGGGGACUCUACUUUUCAUAACCAUCCUUUAAGUAUCACUCGAAGGACAGCAGUAAAGAGAUCUAGUAUGGUGCGAGUCCUCUGUACGUAAUAAUUUGUCGUCAAAUCCGAUCAGUUAGACAGCCAGCAGUUCCUCUGUCGAUCGGAAAAGCUCGACAAACUCGAAACUAGUGGGAAACUGGCGGGAUGCCGCUUCAACCCAUUUGGGCCUCGACUCGCUCUUUUCUUGCUCAUUUGAUCGCUUAAUAUCUUAAGCUUGGAAACGGCUAUAUGGUUCUUCAGUCAUUAGAAGGACUGCCGUUACGUCAUCUCAACAAAGUCGUCAUUAUCAUCACCAUCAUCAUCAACAUCAUAUACCUCGUAUGUCUGUCGUGAUGUCGUCCUAU